CGCCCCAGCUCUCCCCGCGCACUCUUCUCCAGUCAGCAGCGCUACAGAGAGCUCCACACGUCCUCAGCGCCACACUUAUCCGCGCCGGGUGCUGACGGAGGGGGCGCUCAGGUGUAAGCGGACUUCAGGAAGGCUUCCUGAGAGAAAAAAAAGGUAACGAUGUCGUCGCGGCAGGACGUCUGUUGAGUGUUUCUUUCCGCGUCUCCUUUGCGCGCUUGGCUUGUCCGAGCGCGCACGCUGUACGCGGAGCGGGAUCCUCCGGAUCGGAGCUCUCUUCACUUUGCACACCUGCCAGACUUUGUCCUGAUUAACCUGAAGACGUACGGCUGCGAGAGAGAUGUGGAGAGAGGCUUUCUGACCUCCGCUGCAUCCCGGCUGGAAGAGGAUUCGCCUUGUCCUGUGGAGGAUGCCGAACAGGAGAAGUAAUGUGAUGGAACUAUUUCUUGCGAGCAGCCAGCUGUUCCCGGUGUUCUUCUUGUCUCACUGAGAUUCCAACUUUCCUGCAACCCACAACAGUCACAUCCUGCAGUGGCAUGCGUCAGAGUCUCCUGACUGACAAGUCUUCUAGACACUCGAUCUGUGUGUGUGCAUAAAGAAGUAUCCGGGUGCAAAUCACCACCUCUGGCAGUCAUGAGGAAUAGAGGGCUGAAGACGCAGUCCUGAAGAUUGAUGGAGGGCCAUGCUAUUCAAACAGCAGGCAUUGCUGAGACAGAAGCUCUUCGUUCUGGGCAGCCUCGCUAUCGGAAGUGUCCUCUAUCUUGUGGCCAGGGUUGGGACCUUGGAUAGGCUACAGCCCAUUUGCCCUAUUGAGAGCAGACUGCCUCCUUCCGAGCCGGAGCAAAUCCCUCUUCGCACCCUGCAGUUUAAGCGUGGCCUGCUCCAUGAACUACGCAAGGGCAAUGCAACCAAAGAGCAAAUCCGCCUGCACAACCUGGUCCAACAGCUGCCUCGGGCUAUCAUCAUUGGAGUGCGUAAAGGGGGCACCCGUGCCCUGCUGGAGAUGCUCAACCUGCAUCCAGCAGUGGUCAAGGCCUCGCAGGAGAUCCACUUCUUUGACAAUGACCAAAACUACGCCCGGGGCAUCGACUGGUACAGGGAGAAAAUGCCCUUUUCCUUCCCUCAUCAGAUUACCAUCGAGAAGAGCCCUGCGUACUUCAUCACAGAGGAAGUCCCUGAACGCAUCUUCAAGAUGAACUCCUCCAUCAAACUGCUGAUCAUCGUCCGCGAGCCCACCACCAGAGCUGUGUCUGACUACACGCAAGUACUGGAGGGCAAGGAGCGCAAAAACAAGACCUACCAUAAGUUUGAGAAGCUGGCCAUCGACUCCAACACCUGCGAGGUAAACACAAAGUACAAAGCGGUGCGGACCAGCAUCUACACCAAACACUUGGAGCGCUGGCUGAAGUACUUUCCUGUGGAGCAGUUUCACAUCGUGGACGGGGACCGGCUUAUCACCGACCCGCUGCCAGAGCUGCAGCUUGUCGAGCGCUUCCUCAACCUCCCCUCGAGGAUCAGCCAGUAUAACUUGUACUUCAAUGCCACCAGAGGAUUUUACUGUCUGCGAUUUAACAUUGUCUUCAACAAGUGCCUGGCAGGCAGCAAGGGCCGCAUCCAUCCAGAGGUGGACCCAUCAGUGGUGACUAAACUGCAGAAGUUCUUUCACCCCUUCAAUCAGAAGUUUUACCAGAUCACUGGUAGGACAUUCAGCUGGCCAUGAUGAGCUUUGGACUCCUUCAAUGAGAUUCCUUGAAUUGGUGUCUUUUUUUAAAAAAACGCCAAGUUCCAAGAUCUCAAAAGAUAUUAAUAGCACUUUGUUUGAAUUUAAUACAAGAAUGACAGUGUGACCAAAUAUAAAAGGAACUUGAUGUAAGUUUGUUUUUACGUGUGUGAAAAUAAAAAACAGUUUGAUGGUUUGAUUCAAAGAUUCUGUUGAAAGCACUUGAUCUUGCUAAUAAAUUCACCUGUCUGCCAUUGUUUCCCAUGAAGAGAAAAAAAAAAGUGAUUAACAGAAGAGAUUAUUUUUGUUGUUCCUUAAAAGACGAUCAAACACAGACAUUCAUGCUAUUAAGAUAAGCUUUAAGUGUAAUGCUUUUUUCAUGAUAAAACACCAUAAAAGAAGACAAAAUGACAUUUGAUGAACAACAGACAUGUUCAUGUUUCCCAUCAUGUAGUUUAUUUGACCAAACUGCAUGUGAACUCAAGAUGCCAUUAGAACAUUGUAGUUUUUUGUAUUUUGUAUUAGUUCUGUUGUUUUCCACCAUGCUUUAUUUUGAAUUCAGGAAGUGAUUCAUCCAUUAGAAGGUGAUUCUCAAAACAACACUUGGUCUGAAGAUCAGAACAGGUUCAUCAGAAUAGGAUCUAGUGUUUCAAGCUUGACUCAACUCUUUUACGAAACCUUCAUAGCAUUUAAGAUUCAAGCUGGUGUUUUUUAAUGUAAGUAUGUUGUUUCCUUCCCCUAAAGCUUUUUCAUUGGUUUGCUAAAUACCUGGCAAAAAAAAGCCAUUGUGAAAAAAAAAGUUGUCCUCUGAUGAUUCUUGUCAAACCAACUGUUUAUUCUAUGAUGAUUAGCCAAAAUUUGUCUGUUUCUGUGCAAAUAUUCAUUCUGUAUCAUAAGUGUGUUGUUAAAAAAGGUGAAAUUAAAAGAACAUGUAAACA